CGGGCGUGAGGGGCGAGGAAGGCUGCCGGUCUAACAAGAGCAAUAAUGCAGCUCAGCUGGCAACUGUGGGUGUGGUCGCUGCUGCUGUCAGUGCUGGCUCCGCUCGGCCAGAGUCAGUACUGGUCCGGGUACGGCUCGGGCCCCGUGAUCGCUCCGACCGCGCUGAGUGACGCUGCCAAGACACGCAGCGACGCCGACCUGGCGGCCGCCAAGACGGCCGCAUCUUUCGGCCUCCGGAUGUACGGCAAAAGCAAAGGAGGAUCCAACUUCACCAAGAACGUUGCAUCGCCCUACAAGUACCAGGCGCCUGUUUUCUUCACGAGCCACAAGUCCCAGCGGGAUGGGCGAUCCCCCACUUCUGGACCCGAACGACGACCAAUUUUCUUUGGACAACACGCCUGAGUAGGUGGCAAAACGGAGGAGGUCUGUGCAUGAUCUACACCUACCAGCAUGCAGAUAUUGAGACAUCCUCUGCCAGCACGACAACACAACACACAUGACUGCAAAUUGAAGAACUUUGUUGGCAUCCCAUUCAAAUCAGUUGCGUUACGAUAUGACAAGCGCGAUGAAGAUUGUUUUGCAAUAUCACAGCCGCAGGUUCCAAUGUAAUGUUUCAAAAAGAGCACGGAGCAUUUUGGAUAUGUUCCGGAUAAGCUUGGAUAUUCUUGGACAUGCUUCUCGUACCAGCGUACUACCACUUGCUCUGAGGCAGGCGCGGUGCAAAGUCGAGCUCGCGAGAGCGAGCGAAAGUCGGCGCCCCUCCUAUGCAAGAGUUUGUCGUGUCUGGCCCCGUCCGGCACUGCGCCAAUAAUACCGGUCUACUUAGUGGACUGGGCGCGGCCGCAGCGGGAGGUGUGACCGCCACGGGAGAUUGCAUGACGCCUGGAAGCUAUCUGGGGUAAAUCUGCAGCGGCUGCUCGCUCGUCGGUUUGCGGGCACCGCGCGCAGAUGGAGGAGCCCUGUCGGCUGCCUUUCAAUGUUCUAUAUCUGCAGCUUAGCGUAUGUGUUCUGCUUUUUGUGGUGAUCGGCAUGUUGCUUUCAUAUA